AUGACCAGCAAUGCUAGUAACGCCCUUGUAAGUGAACAUUUGAACGGCAGCACCGAAGCCCUCCUAGAGGAAAAAAUCAUCUAUCCCAGCCUUCGUAACAGCCAACCGCCAUCAGUGGACGCCCUUAGUGAUACGAAGAGCAGAUAUAGAAUAAUCAACUAUCGGCCUGGGGGUCCGUAUGGUGUCGGAAAAGAUACUAGCAGGAGAUCAAGUCAAAACUUGUUUUCGGACAAAGAUGUGCCAAAGGCAUGGGAAUCGAAAGACACCGUGACAAUAUACGAAGGAUUGAAUUCUGUCAACAUAAGUUGCACCGAAGAUGAUUUACCCAUUUCGAUUACUACAAAUUCUUGUCUGUUAUUACCCAAGAUGUCCUAUGAAGCGAAUGAGAUUGGCACCACGAUUUCAGGCUCUAAUUUUCAAAUUGAUUCUAAUAACAAUCGCGCUAACACUGAGACCUGGAUCAAGUUGACGGCAUCAUUGAAAGACUAUUAUGAAUCUCAGAUUAAGAUUCUCGAAGAUACUGUUAGUAGCUUAGCAAAUGAAAACAAGCAGCUCAAAGAUGAAAUAAUAGCUGUACAGGAUGAUUUUGUGAAUCAGCAAUUUGAUUCGGCUGAGCAAGUCAAUAAUUUAACAACUGAUAUUAUGAAACUGAGAGAAGUACUGAAGGGCAAACACGAAGAUUUAAAAAACGGUUGGGACAAUACUCUGAAGAGGCUAACAUCCAAAGUCGAUGUAUUACAAGAAAAUACCAACAAUGUUAAAAACAAUCUGGGAGGCAUGAUGAACUUAAUUAAAAUGAUUGCAGCAAAAGAAGGCGCAAAAAUUAAGAACAUUAAUUCCCGCAACGUAUUGGCAAUUUACAAAAAGUCGGCGAAGACAUCCAGAAAAACCAGAAAGAGACGUUUUAAUAUCAAAUCAUCCCAAUUACACAAUUAUAAAUUUAUACUUAGUGAUUAUAAAAAACUGCUAAAUGGUAAAAUUCAGGAAAUCCAAAUGUUGAAUCAGGAAACAGGUAUAAUAAGAAAGGAGCUUUCUGAAGUUAAAGCGAUCAAUAACGAACUAACGUGUUUAAAUCUCAAUGACAAACUUGAUGUCUUGGAGAAUUAUGUAAAAAAAGUAAAUAGGGACAAGGCCAAAAAACUUCGAUUAUUUGCUCGCAGGGUGCGACAACUGGAAGAUGUGAUUUCUUCCCAAAAGAAUAACAUGCAUAUGCGUUUAGCUCUGCAACAAUCACAAUUGACGGUAAAAUUAUUCGGCCAACAUCAAAAAGAGAUUGAAAGGACGGUUGCCGAACUUGAAGCUAAAUACAGGGGGUAUUUUAAUGAAAUGAAAGAUUUCAUGGAUGAACAGAGUGAAAUAGAUAAUCGUAAAAUCAAACAACUUAAAUCUGAAAUAGAAAGAUUGAAAAACAUACCUAGUCCUAAAACUGUUUAG